UUUAACACGCAUCGCUUGCGUUGCUGUUUUGGAAGCUUGAGCACCUUAUCAGCGAGAAACAAUUUUCAAAAAUCAAAACGUUGAAUUGAUACACGCCUUUUACAAGGUUAGGAUUCCUACAUGGCCAUAUCUCCAUGUUGCAGCCCGUGUUCAUGGAAGACAGACCUGUGCUAAUGAAUUAGCUAUCAAGCAUGCUCCAAACACCUGUGUGUAACUGAAGGCCGCCAGAAAGUGUUGUCACUGAAAGUGUCAACUGCGAUAAAGCCCGUUAAGUGUAUUUUAAUUUGUGUAUAUUGAUGUGAUAUAAAAGCAAAACGCUUUGUUUCUAGAACCAUGUCGCAAUUGAGAACCGAUUCACAUUAGAUAGCUUAUGUGCAGUACUAGCCCCAUAAUGGACUAAAGGAGCGUAACGUUACUCCUUAUGAUCCAAUGACCUUACAUUCUGUUGAAAGGUGAAUUGGCUCUGGAAACCAGAACAGCCAAAUACUCCAUCUAAACGUGAAUCGAUCCUCAAUUGCGGUAGUGUUCUAGAAACAUAAAUCCCUUUACGUUCACAUCACAACAUAAUUUCACAAAUGCAAAAUAAACAUACUGUACAUCGUUAACAGUUGCAACCAUAUGCAUUUUUCAGUGACAACACGUUUUUUGGCUUAACUCUUAAAGUUUACACAGGUGUUAGGAGACGCCGAUAGGUAAUUAGUACAGGUAGUGUAUAUUUAAGCAAGAAGGCACGAGGUGGUGUGGUAUAUGGCCAAUAUACCACGGCUAAGGACUGUUCUUAUGCAAGAUGUAUCAAGAUUUGUCUGAAGAUGACCGUGAACGUGAGACCUGGCUCACUGCGGAUAUUACAUCAAAUCAGCCACCUGUCAUCCAGACCUCCCAUUCGAAGCAUCUCCCACGCUCCCUUUGCCUGUGACCACCACAAAACAUACCGCAGCCACGUUCCCCUUCGGGUGGCCACAUUACCACGUCUCCGUCCUAGUCUGCCUCUCGAAUCAACUUUAUGCUUUCAGCCAUGUAGACCAGCAUCUACAGCCAACGGUACAGGCUGGUAUGAGAGCCUAGCAGACUCUACUCCUGUCCAUCUGACUGAGCAGCUACUGAUCUCUGUCCAUCAGACCACAGGUCUACCAUGGUGGGCCAGUAUCGUAUGCACCACUGUGGCCCUGAGGACAGUUGUCACACUGCCACUGGGAGCCUAUCAGGCUGUCAUCAUAGCAAAGGUUGAAGCCCUGCAAGUGGAGAUAGCGGAGCUGGCUAAGAGGCUGCGCUACGAGAUCUCGGUGCGGGCCAAAGAGAAGGGCUGGACGGAAAAACACUGCCGAUACCAAUUCAAGAAAAACCUGAAGAGGAUAGUGUCUGAGCUGUACGUGAGGGAUAACUGCCACCCCUUCAAGGCCAGUCUGCUGGUAUGGGUGCAGCUGCCCAUGUGGGUAUGCCUCUCCCUGGCCCUGCGCAACCUGAGCCUGGGGGUGACUGAUGCUGCCACCGCAUUGCAGACAGAGCUGACAGUAGGGGGAACUCUAUGGUUCUCCGACCUGACAUUGCCUGACUCUACCUGGAUCAUGCCUGUCUCUCUGGGCCUCAUCAACCUGCUCAUCACAGAGGUAUUUGCUCUGCGGAGGAUAGAAGCAUCCAAGUUCCAGAAGUAUGUGACCAACUUUAUCAGAGGGAUCUCUCUGUUGAUGAUACCCAUAGCUGCCACCGUGCCCUCCUCCAUGGCUCUGUACUGGCUAAGCUCCAGUUGUGUGGGACUGGGCCACAACCUGCUCCUGCGCUCGCCUCGCUUCCAGAGGCUGUGCCGCAUCCCCACCACGCGCUCCGACUCGGACACGCCUUACAGGGACAUCGCUUCCUCCUUUGUCUCCAAAUACAUCAAGUGAAAGAGGUUUUCCAUCUGAUAGUAGAGAAAGAGACUGUAUCCCCCAAUCAUGUCAAUGCCAUAGCCCCUUCCCCUGAUUCAGUCAAUCUUCAUGAUGAGUUGAAGAAUCAUGUGUGUUAGCGCUGGGUUGGAACAAACACCUGCACUGUACACCCUGUAUCUCUCCAGGACCAGGGUUGGUGACCACUAAACUAAGAUCUAGAGUGGACCACGGUCCAUCAGAGAGAAUCAGACCUGUGCACAUGGAGUAUCCAACACGUCCAUAUCUGACAAACCAAGUCAGUGUCAAGAUAUGUUUGUGACUGGUAUAUACUGUAGCAUGUACAUGCAGGUUUACUUUGAAAGGUAACCACUUCCUGUUCUACCCAGGAUAACAUGGUGUUGUGAUUGAAGACUAACUGGCAAUGUAACUCUGUAACUGGCAAAUGACAUGCAAGAAAUGUGUUUAAGAUAACGAUCACAGUCAUGGAUGAUCAAUGGAUACUUCAUUUGUACUUUGAACUUUCAGUGUGAAUUGCAUGAAAGGUUUGUUAUUUUGUGAAUUUUAUUGUGAUCCAGAAAUUGUUGAUGACAUCAGAUGUGCUCAAAGUUGAAGUAAUUAAGUUACAUCAGUAAAAUAAAACAUUUUGUAUUAA